UGACACUGGUAACGAGCCUUUUGAUCAAGAUGGCAGACGACCAGGAGCUCCCAGCGACGACAUGCACAAAGCUCCAACUACCCGAAGCGUUCAUGACGUUCGUGCAUGCGCAUGGCAUCGAUCCAAAGGUCUACGAUGUCGAUCCAAGCGCAAUACCGAGAUACUUUCGGUAAUCCACGUGACUUGUGUCGCUUCGCGUGAUCCACAUGCGUGGUGCGAUAGAACCCUUGAUAACGCGAACAUCACCGAAGAACAACUCCGUGCACACUUUCCCGCGCUAGAGAUCGUGCCUUGGCUGCCAAACUUCUACGCCAUCCCGUCCUCCACGCCUUUGGUGACGAAUGAACUCUACGCGCGAGGCCAUAUUUUUGGGAUGGAGGCAAGCUCAGGUUAUGCUGUCAGUGUCUUGGACGUUCAACCUGGAGACCAUGUUUUAGAUUUGUGCUGCGCUCCUGGCGCCAAGCUAACCAUGUUGGCCGAUGUCCUUCAGAAACGCGGCAGUGUCACAGGGGUUGAUUUCUCCAAGAGUCGUAUUUCUGCAUGCAAAGCUCUCGUGCACAAAUACAAUCUCAUCCACGUGCCAUCGCCGUCCAAGUUGGAGAGCCAAACGCCCACUCCUGUGACUGCGUGGAGAUGUCGACUUUUCCACGCAGAUGGCCGCACCUUCCAAGUGCUUCCGUUGUCCAACGACGCAUCGAGUGCUAUGGAAACGAUACUGGACACGGCGGAGAUUACCGCUCGGUCGGCGAAAUCCCAUGCCCGCAAGCGCGUCAACAAGAGUGCUCGAGCAAGGUUGGCCAAACUCGCCAAGGAUAUGCCGUCCGAAUCUGACCGCUGUGCGACGGAAAUCGGAGACCUCGACGGCACUGGAACCAAUACCCUAUACGACAAGGUGCUCGUGGAUGCUGAGUGCACCCACGACGGGUCGCUACGUCACUUGGUCAAAAUGACAACUGAAGUCGACUGGAACAAAUACCUGGACAAGUACCUGAGCCCAGCUCAUGUCCAAGCCAUCUUGGACCUCCAGCACGACCUCAUUCGCAAUGGCUUUCGCCUGCUUAAGGAAGGUGGUCGCAUGGUCUACAGCACAUGCAGCUUGUCUCGCAAGCAAAACGAAGACAUAGUCGAGGCAUUCCUCCGCGACGAACCCACGGCCAAACUCGAAGCGUUCGACACGUUGAACGUCCCCCAUCAGCCGGGUUUUCUGGACCGCACGAUUCGCUUUACACCGCUCGAGAAUAUGGGUGGCCUUUUUGUGUCCCUCUUCUCGAAGUCCAAGCCCACAAAACGCCAAAAGACCGACUCAUGGACUCCCGCAGCCACUUGAUGACAUGCUAUUUGUACAAUGCAGCUGCCGUGUCAUCUA